AGGGUCCACUCGAACGACGAAAAGGAGCGUAGGCGUUCACGGGUGUGCUGCGCGGUCACGUUAUUCUGCUGUCACGAGCCUGAUCCGAGCCGUACAGUGGAGGCUAAAGAAUUGGAGCGGACAUCAGUUAUACAGGACGUAAUAUUUUUAACCAAAUUUAGUGCGCGAAUAGAGAGCUCAAAGAAGUCUUACCGCUGGUUGGUAUUUGAGACGCUCUACUGAGUUAUUCCGAUCAACCGGUGAUGUACUCCAGUAUUUGAAUGAUAUUGCUAGUCAGCUAGCUAGCUAGCUAGCUGUUAAGCUAGCUUUACGUUGCGUGACUCGAAGUAAUUGAAGAAUAUACUCUCGGACAGCAUUCUUACUAACACGUCUGAGUGCAUUUAUCUUUAAGACAUUUAUCAGUAGCCGUUUUUAUCUUUAGCACAUUUUUGUGGUAUGAGUUAUACGUAAUUUCUAAUCCAAGGUAGAUGAGGAUUGAAUGAAAUAACGUUAGCUUGCCAUAGCCAAGGAAACAAGCCAGCUAACAGGGAUAACGUUAACUUAUCCCGCUGCUUGCUGAUAGACUGCCAUCCAGCGGAUCUAGUAAAUGCUACCUGAAUUACCCACCUAAAAGCAUCGACCGAACUUGGUAGGCAGCAGUCAGUCACAAAGUUGCAGAGAGGCAAACGGCUACUACCAAACAUCAAGUUUGCCAUCGUCGACUCCAGUCCGCUGUGAAACGGUGACCGGCGUCAGUGUUUUUCGGAGAAGGCCAGAGUGAGGACAGAAACCUGCAGACAUGCCGGCUGUGUCGAAAGGAGAUGGAAUGCGCGGAUUGGCCGUUUUCAUUUCGGACAUUAGAAACUGUAAGAGCAAGGAGGCUGAGAUCAAACGGAUUAAUAAAGAGCUGGCCAACAUCCGCUCCAAGUUCAAAGGGGACAAAGCUUUGGAUGGCUACAGCAAGAAGAAGUAUGUCUGCAAGCUGCUCUUUAUCUUUCUGCUUGGCCAUGACAUUGACUUUGGACACAUGGAGGCUGUCAACCUGCUGAGCUCCAACAAGUACACAGAGAAACAGAUUGGCUACCUGUUCAUCUCAGUACUGGUGAAUAGCAAUAGCGAGCUAAUCCGUCUGAUCAACAAUGCCAUCAAGAAUGACCUGUCCAGCCGCAACCCCACCUUCAUGUGCCUGGCGCUUCACUGUAUUGCGAACGUGGGAAGCCGUGAGAUGGCUGAAGCCUUUGCUAGCGAGAUCCCUCGGAUACUGGUUGCAGGUGAUACGAUGGACAGUGUGAAACAGUCAGCCGCCCUUUGUCUGCUGCGGCUCUAUAAGACUUCUCCUGACUUGGUGCUGAUGGGGGAAUGGACGUCCCGUGUGGUGCACUUACUCAACGACCAACACAUGGGUGUAGUGACAGCAGCCAUCUCCCUCAUCACCUGCCUGAGCCAGAAGAAUCCAGACGAGUUUAAGACGUGCGUUUCCCUCGCCGUCUCCCGCCUCAGCAGGAUCGUUUCGUCAGCCUCCACCGAUCUGCAGGAUUACACGUACUAUUUUGUGCCGGCACCCUGGCUUUCGUGCAAGCUGUUGCGCUUGCUGCAGUGUUACCCUCCACCAGAAGAUGGCGCUGUCAAGGGCCGUCUGGUAGAGUGUCUGGAGACCAUUCUUAAUAAGGCCCAGGAGCCACCAAAGUCAAAGAAGGUGCAGCACUCAAAUGCUAAAAAUGCCAUCCUGUUUGAGGCUAUUUCACUUAUCAUCCACUACGACAGUGAGCCAAACCUCCUGGUACGAGCCUGCAACCAGCUGGGUCAGUUCUUGCAGCACAGAGAGACUAACCUGCGCUACCUGGCUUUGGAGAGCAUGUGUACUCUGGCCAGCUCUGAGUUUUCCCACGAAGCUGUCAAGACACACAUCGAGACCGUUAUCAAUGCCCUCAAGACUGAGAGGGACGUGAGUGUGCGACAGCGAGCGGCUGAUCUGUUGUAUGCCAUGUGUGAUCGCAGCAACGCCAAACAGAUCGUAGCUGAGAUGCUCAGCUACUUGGAAACAGCAGAUUACUCCAUCAGAGAGGAAAUGGUGCUUAAAGUGGCCAUACUGGCAGAGAAAUAUGCCGUGGACUACUCCUGGUAUGUAGACACUAUCCUCAACCUCAUUCGCAUUGCUGGGGACUACGUCAGCGAGGAGGUGUGGUAUCGCGUCAUUCAGAUUGUCAUCAACCGAGACGAUGUGCAAGGCUACGCUGCCAAAACGGUCUUUGAGGCUUUGCAAGCCCCUGCCUGUCAUGAGAACAUGGUGAAAGUAGGAGGCUACAUUCUUGGAGAGUUUGGGAACCUGAUUGCUGGUGACCCACGCUCCAGCCCCCUGGUCCAGUUCAACCUUCUUCAUUCCAAGUUCCACCUGUGCUCUGUGCCCACUCGUGCACUGCUGCUGUCAGCCUACAUCAAGUUUAUCAACCUGUUCCCAGAGACCAAGGCCACCAUCCAAGAGGUGCUGCGCUGUGACAGCCAAAUCCGCAACUCUGAUGUGGAACUGCAACAGCGUGCUGUCGAAUAUCUCAAGCUUUCUUCGAUUGCUAGCACCGAUGUCUUGGCCACCGUCUUAGAGGAGAUGCCUCCCUUUCCAGAGAGAGAGUCUUCCAUUCUGGCUAAGCUGAAGAAGAAGAAGGGCCCAGGAGCCGUCUCUGUGACAGAGCUGGAUGAUGGCAAACGAGAGGCUGGGGAGUUGAAUGGAGGGGGCGACCGGGGCCCAGACACAGCAGCCAUGGCUGCAUCCAAUGCUUCCACCCCGUCACCAUCAGCAGACCUGCUGGGAAUUCGCUCUGCAGCUCCUGUCGGUGCUGCUCAGACCAAUGCUGGCAGCCUACUCGUGGACGUGUUCUCUGAUUCAGGGCCUGCUGCACCUUCUGCUGCUGUGAAUGAUGACGGCUUUCUGAGAGAUCUGGAACAGCCCACUGAGACCUCCGAUUCCCUAUUGGUGGAGGGUUCUGGUGACUCGGACUCUGCUCCUCCCUCUGAGGAUCCUGCUCCUCCUCUGUCUGAGGCAGAUGAACUUCUUAACAAGUUUGUGUGCAAAAACAAUGGAGUUUUGUUUGAGAAUCAGCUGCUGCAGAUCGGCAUCAAGUCAGAGUAUCGUCAGAAUCUGGGGAGAAUGUACCUCUUCUAUGGUAACAAGACCUCAGUGCAGUUUGCCAGCUUCACCACCACAGUCAGCUGUCCUGGGGAACUGCAGUCUCAGCUGAAUGUUCAGAGCAAACCAGUGGAACCACUGGUAGAGGGAGGAGCCCAGAUCCAACAAGUCCUCAACAUCGAGUGUAUAACUGACUUCUCUGAUGCCCCACUGCUCAACAUCAAGUUCAGCAGAUAUGGAGGAGCUCUGCAGAACCUGACUCUCAAGCUGCCUGUCACCAUCAACAAGUUCUUCCAGCCUACUGAAAUGUCCUCUAGUGACUUCUUCCAGCGCUGGAAACAGCUGAGCCAGCCUCAGCAAGAAGCACAAAAGAUUUUCAAGGCAAACCACAGCAUGGACACUGAAGUACUUAAGGCCAAGCUUCUGGGACUGGGAACAGCCCUGCUGGACAACAUUGAUCCCAACCCAGAGAAUUAUGUGUGUGCUGGAGUGAUCCAGACCAAGAGCCAGCAAAUUGGCUGCCUGCUGAGACUGGAACCGAACGCACAGGCACAGAUGUACCGUCUGACUCUGCGCUGCAGCAAAGACACUGUGUCAAAGCGUCUCUGUGAGCUGCUGGCCCAACAGUUCUAGAGUCCACGCCUCCAUGUGACCAGUACUCCUACCAUCCCCACCAGCGACCUCUCCCUCAGACCCUCCUACUGCACCUGUCCUCCUUCCUCCAACAGAGAAUCAGAGUAAAAAAACCAAGAGUGUAACCUACAUAAGGGAAAAGCAGCUGCUGCUAGCAGCAGCAAUAUUAAUGUCAUUCUUCCUGUUCCACAUUCUGAUUCUAGUUCAUCUUCUACUUGUUUAUUAACAUAAUGCUACAUUAUUGUUUUUGUUGGUUUACCUGUGUAGCUGGAGAGUGUGUGUGUGUGUGUGUGUGUGACCAGGAGAGAGAGUGCAUGUGUCCCAUGGUUGUGCCUGGGGUCUCAUUCUGCUCCAUACAGACUGUGUGAAGUAGUAAUGCUGUGUAUUCUGUGUGUGAGACAGUGAUUCAUUUAUAGGACAUUCCUUUAAGACCCUGCUAAAUGCUCACCUGCCAACCUCUGCUUGAGUUUUUGGGAUUGGACCUGGCAGUGAGCUGGUCUAGCAUUCCCACUGAAGAAGCACUUGAAGUAUUGGGGAUGGUCUUUGAGGCACAGGCUCCUCCCCUCUGAUUCCCCCUCUGACACCACCAGCCAUUUGUUUCAUACACAUAAUGCUCUCAUUGAACUUAUGUGUAGGUAAAUGAAUUUAAUGCUUUCCAGACAUUCCCAUCAGCUUGUUUAGACUGGUACUGAUCAUUUCAUCCAACGUGAACAAGUACUACGAUAGCACAGAGUGAAGACUGUGCAGAUAAUCGGUGAAGAGACCAGCAGCGACCCCAUCCAUCUCCUUGAACGUGGUUCAGGUGCUUCUGAUUGAAAGCUUGGGGAGGCCACCAACCUGCCAGGCAUACAGUUUUCAUUUGACUCCUGUACGAUUGGAAGCUUGUUUUUUAAAAUCACGCCCCCACAGAUGAGACGAAUUCUUUUUCACAAGGUAUUUGAACACCACGCUUUAGUUUUCCAAGACAGAGAACUGGCUAACUGUUUCCCCACUGCUGAAGAAGCGCAGUGCAAAGGUGGGCUUGUGGAUAAGACCAGUCCAAACAAGGACUAUGGUUUGGGCUGCUGCACCCGUGUCGCUUUGGCUUUCUUUUGUUUUGUUCUCCAAAGAUAUGCACAGCCUUAAUUGGGAUUAAAGUAAAGCAUAAAUGGAUGCAUCAUAUUUACGUCAUGGAUCCCAAAGUUUGUGUUGGGACAGAGAAGCUCUCUACACAUGUAGCAACAUCCCAACUGGGACACAGAUUUCAGUCUGGUCAGCUUAACCUUAUAGAAUAAAUCUGGUGUUUACACAAACAGCUGAUAUUUAGAAGUUGCUCAUAUCCAGCUUCGGAAUUCCGAAAUUUAUCCACAACUCGUCCCGGCUAUCGUGUCAUAAUCAAGCACUGAUGUUCCCGGAGUACAGAAUGUUAGACACCCAGAUGUCCAACACAACUGCUGUGUGUGUGUGUGUGUGUGUGUGUGUAACCAGUUAAGAAUAAGGAGCCUAAAGACAUUUCUAAUACAUGGUCACAUAAUCUUCUGUGGCUGCACAGCAAUCACAGGACAUAGAACUUUGUAGUGGAAAAUGUAGUGAUUUUGUCAUUCUGUGAGUGUGUGUACAUGAGUUUGUGUGCGUGUCUAUGCAGUAUCCACUAGCUAAUGCAGCCUCAUAUAUUGGUGUUAAGAACCUGUCCAAUACCUGUGUUAGAUUACAAGAUUUACUCUGUAAUGAAAAAAUGUGAAGUAAAAUUAUGCCAUAUAUAUCCAAA